GAACUGGCUUGCCAUGGCACGGAUCGCCACGGGCGCGGGCGGGACGCUCGGGACUACAUUCAGCUGCUAAGGCCGCACAGUUGGGCUGCAAAUUCGUGAUCGUUACCUUGCUACCCGAUACUUCAUCCCUGAUAUAUUGAUGUCCUACACCCUUCUUCUUUAACCCCUGCCCCAUCUUUGCAUCUCGCAUACAUACCCCGAGUUAAACGUCGGCUCGUUCCCAAAACAAGAUAGGCUGUAUCUGUAUAUCGCACAUCGUGUCAGCAGCAUUACUGGCUCCGCCCUAGCUGGACCUCGAGCGGCCAUCAUGCGUUACGCACUUUUGAUUGGAAUAAAUUCUUAUGCACAUAAUCCCUUGAAAGGUUGUGUCCACGAUGUCCAGGAGGUCAAGAUCUGUCUCGAGCAAAGGUCCCCUGGUGUCAAGGUGUUUAUGAUGACUGCUACCUGCGCGGAAAAUGCAGAUCCACGCCAACUGGUGGAAAACCCAAGUGACUGGCCGACAUAUGAUAACAUUCAUUCUACUUUGAAACUAAUCGCCACAGAGGCAAAACCCGGUGACUUCGUCUACAUUCAUUAUUCCGGCCACGGUACGCGGAUUCCUCCCUCAGAGUUCAACGGGAACUCAGGCGAUGUGGCUUUGGCUCUGCUAGCAGGAGACCGUGGCCAGCGAGUCAACUAUCUACAUGGAUUCGAAUUGGCCUACUUAAUCAACAAGAUUGUAUCGAUUGGGUGUGAAGCAACUGUCGUUUUAGACUGCUGUUUCUCGGGAGGGGUAUCUCGCCACGACAAUGACGAUGGUGGUAGGUCUCUCGUUUACGAUAUCGGUAUUGACAUGGCUUCCCCUCGCCCAUCUGCCGGCGCAAGGGCCUACAUGCGCGCUGGUCGCAAUACCUCGUUAUUACCUGAGUGGAUUAUCAAUCCGGACAAGUAUAACAUACUGGCGGCUUGUGGGCCCCAUGAAGUCGCUCGGGAGAUUGAGCUCAGAGAUAGAACCAGACAUGGUGCUCUUUCCUACUUUCUUCUGAAGUUACUAAAUUCAAAUGGCAUCAAGGAAGGAAGCAUAGAUGACGUGUACGGCCAGCUACUGGCAAGUUUUAGACAAAACUUUCGCCAGCAGAGUCCUGUGCUUUUUGGGAAGCAGAGUUUAAGGUUCUUUGACUCUAGCAUGGCAGGAACCCUCGUGAAGAGUAUUGCUGUUAUUGGCACUACGGCUUCGAGGCUUUACCUGAACGGCGGGCAGGCACAUGGCCUGAGUAAUGGUGAUGUCUUUGUCCUUGUCUCCUGUCAUCGUACAGAUAAGUCAAAGGAUUUUCAGACGGCUGGUUCCACGUUCGGCCGUAUCAUCAAUGCGAAAGGUCUUACGUCAGAAAUCGAAGUGAUUGAUGGGCCACCUGACACGAAGGCUUUUCGAGCGGGCUGGAUCGCGAUGCCAAAGAACCAGCCAUCACUUCUUCGAUAUCGGACUCAUUUCCAGGUUACUAGCACGCAGCAGGCUACUUGGAUUGAGGCAUGCAGCCACCGGUUGUCGCUGAAUGCGACGUUCAGCGAAGUAGCUGAUCCCUCGGCAGCCUUCACUGUCAUUGUUGGAGACACUAAUAGUUACGAAGUUCGCGACGCAAAUCUGCAGAGAUCAUUUGAGCGACCUCGCAUACCGCCAGGCGAAGAUUGUCUCCAAGAGGUUGUGAAUACAAUCGAGCAGCUUGCUUGGUAUCAUCACGUCAGAUCUAUAGAAAAUACAACUCCCUCCAUGCAGUUUCUGAAUUCAUUCAGUAUCAAAAUUAUGGACCAGGCCGGGAGGUCCUGGACGAAGUUAAAUAUCCAAGAAAACAUCCAACGAUAUCAUAACGACUGGAUCAUAAUUGAGUUAGAGAACCAGGGGAACCAUCCUCUAUAUCUUCACCUAUAUUCCCUGGGCCCAUACUGGGAAAUAACGAACAUACUUCGAAAGACAUAUGAAACGAUACCCAUUCAAGAUACUGAGCAGGGUUUCUCCGGCAUAAGUAGGAGAAAGCUAAGAGCUACGAUUCCAUCGUCCAUGAUUCAGAACGGACAGGAAUACUGCGAAGACACCAUCAAAAUCUUCAUCACGUCACAGCCAACGUCAAUCUCAUGGUUGGAAAGAAACAAAAUUGGAUUUUCCGGAAGAGCGGAGGGUUCAAGUCAUUCGGCCCCAACAUCUAUUAAAGUGAUUACCAGCGCUGAUAGCCAUCUUGAUGAUUGGGUGGUAUACAAUUUAUCAGUUAGGACGCUUUUUCGCCAUUGAAGAUUUGAUUGAUAUCAUGUUGUACCUAUUUGUCUUAAUUUCACGCGAAAGCGCAACAAUGGCCAUCAAAAGAAUUUGAUGCUUCAUUGUGACUAUGCUAGACUUUGAUCGAUGGAGCAUGGAUUAUAACAUACGGCAGUUAGUGCUUACAUGUAAAUCAGGUGAUUGCGGGCAAGCUCAAAUAGAUUAGCUAAGGUUUUACCACCUAUUAGUCUUGAAGCUGUAUGUAUACUCAGGCCAAGACUUUGUUAUUGCUUAAACGAUCGAUUUAGGUAGGGGGGCCGCAAAUUACACUUCUCAGUGGCUAACACUAUACCAUGAUACGAUAUACUCACCUGAAGGUGGUAGUAAGACUGAAGUUCAAUGCCAUAUUCGUAUGUUCUAUCAGCUAGACUUUACAAAAACAUUCUUCAAA